UUCGUGAUCACGUCCCAUGGUCUGAAAUACGCAAACUCAUUGGGUCCUUAAAAAAAAGGAAAAUUUCCGGCUCUAUAACUUUCAUUUCAAUUAUCUUGCUGCUCUCAAAGUGGCAUUUACAGGCGUGGCGUCGUUUAAAAUAAUUUAAAGCAAGAGAGUGACCCGGCUGACCUCCACAAUCCCUCUAACCAUGUCUAACCUCAGCAGCAUGUCGGACCAGGAGCUCACCUCCCUGUUGGACCAGUAUAAUAUCAAACACGGUCCUGUCGUUGGAACUACUCGGAAACUGUAUGAAAAGAAGCUUCUUGACAUUAUGAGCAAAGAGAAAAAGCAGGGCAAUGUGAAGAAGCCAUCGUCAGACAAGACCUAUUACAGGGAGGAAGAGACAGAAACCUUCUUCCCGCAUCCAGUUCAUCACACCGCUCCGAUCCACUAUGAAGAUUUUUCCGAUGGAGAGAAUCGCUACUCCAACGAACAGACAAAGUACAGCUCUGUGACCAGCACAAAAACGCCAGCCCUCUCCGGAUCGCCCUGGAAGAGAGAGGAAUUUGGAGAUUCAUCCAGGCAGAUCUACAGCACAGAGGCCACGUACCGAAACAUGUCGCAGUCUAACCCGUCCCCCCUGACAUCCUCCACCGCGUCAGCGUCCAGGUCCGCCCAGGAAAAGGCUCCCCAGGGAACGCGCUACAUCCCACUGUGGUUCCAGUUCCUGGUUUUCUUGAUGUUUGCUGGAUUUCUCUAUUACAUUUUCACUAGCAUGGAAACUCCGCCCAAAAAACACUUUGAGAUUAAAAACUAAGCUCGGCCAGACCUCCUAGGUGCACUAUUCGGAGUCCUCCAUGUUGCGCCGCAGGUUUUAAAGUCUCCUAGUCUCAUGCACCACACAGACUCUUUUUUUUUUUUUGGUUCCACGGUUUCAUUGUUUAGCACAGAAAGCAGGGGGGGAGGAGGGGCGGGGGGGGCAUUUAUUUUUUCUGGACCGCUGGUUUUAUCAAUUGAUUGAUUAAUCACACCUGUUCUGCUUGUGACAUGAAAUUGUAUUACAAAGGCAAUUCCAAAUAAAACAAAGUAUUACCUAUUUACAGCAAACGUUUCAUAAUGCCAGCUAAUGUUUAAUAUAGAUAUAUUCACUUACGUGUCAUUUACAAAAUAUUUGCUUGCAUCUAUCUGAGAUUAAUCGAUCUAUUUUCUGAAGCCCACAGGUGUGAUUAAUCUUCUGUGUAAAGCGUACCUUUCAGAUUUUAAAAAAGGAUAAAAAUGUGUUAAAAAUAAAGACGGGCAGUGCUAUAGUACUUAUAAAAGGAUUGAAUUAGCAUGAAACAAACGUCACAGUUGUGUGUUCUGUAUCGGGGCUAAUCGUCUGUGUUUAUUAAUGUCUUUGAAUGUAAAACCUGGGCUGGAUGAGUCCCUGUAACAGGAGCUGACAUUAGCAAAAGAAUUGCCGUUACAGUUCAAAUCUCUUUUUUUUUUUUUUAUUUAUAUUUUUUUGUAGCACCUAGGGGUUUCAUGUUAGAUCGGAUCCUUUUUGGUUUGACAGGCGACAGUUUGAAAAUGCUGAAUCAUAUUAAAAAUAAUAAAUUAAUAAAUUGUUGCAAAAAAAAAAAAAAAUCUAUACACAUAAGAUAAAGAAAAACGCUUUCCUGUUCCAUGAAUUGAAUGACGAAUGUGUUCUGUAACAAUAUAUUUUAGGAUUUUAAAGAGCUGAAUUAAAUAUGCUUUACAAUGCUUCCCUGUCCUUUACCAGACCUCUCUGUGCUUUACAAUGCUUCCCUAUCCUUUACCAGACCUCUCUGUGCUUUACAAUGCUUCCCUAUGCUUUACCAGACCACUCUGUGCUUUACAAUGCAUCCCUAUGCUUUACCAGACCUCUCUGUGCUUUACAAUGCUUCCCUAUCCUUUACCAGACCUCUCUGUGCUUUACAAUGCUUCCCUAUGCUUUACCAGACCUCUCUAUGCUUUACAAUGCUUCCCUAUGCUUUACCAGACCUCUCUGUGCUUUACAAUGCUUCCCUAUGCUUUACCACACCUCUCUGUGCUUUACAAUGCUUCCCUAUGCUUUACCAGACCUCUCUGUGCUUUGCAAUGCUUCCCUAUGCUUUACCAGACCUCUCUGUGCUUUACAAUGCUUCCCUAUGCUUUACCACACCUCUCUGUGCUUUACAAUGCUUCCCCUUGCCUCUCUGUGCUGUAUUUAGCAUCGUUAUGCUUUUACUGUGGGUAAACUUUUAUAUAAUCUGCUUUAUUACAAGUGUGAAGAAUUAUAUUUUCUUAACCAAAAUUGAGAACUGUAGAAUAUUUUUGGGGGAUAGUAAUCUUAGCAAAAAUAUGCUUUUUUAAAACAUUUUAUUUCUAUAUUUUUGUAAUCAUCUGGGACGUCUUCAUUUAUAAACUUGAGCGAAAUAAUAAACAAAAUUGUCACGUUAGCAAUAAUUGUUUUGUUUUGGUUUUUUUUCCAAAUGCAUUGUCUGUUUAAAUAAAAGGUAAAAUAUU